AUGUCCGUGAGAUCCUUACCCACAAUUCAAUCAGGGUCCUUGCCGCUGGGUACGACGGAAUUUGAAGCGAAACGAUCUACUCUGCUCUCGGUAUUCGACGAAAAAGUUCCUCGUGAAUAUCGUCUCCCUCGAGAGAUUCUUGAGAACCCUCCUACAGACGUCUCUAGUAUACCCGCAUCUUGUGGGAUCUUGACCCCAGAGGAGAUCGAUAUAACCGAAUCGAAUGAUGCAGUCAGUUUGGCUGAAGCAAUUUCUAGUCGUAAAUAUACAGCGGUUAUGGUAGUGAUGGCCUACUCCAAGCGGGCCAUCAUUGCCCACCAGCUCACUUGUUGUUUGACCCAGUGGUUCAUGGAGGACGCACUGGAGCAGGCAAAGAAGCUAGACGCAUACCUCGCCGAAAAUGGGAAGACUGUCGGCCCUCUACAUGGCAUCCCAAUUAGUAUUAAAGAUCAUAUUCCCGUGGCCGGGACGUUCUCUUCAUUAGGAUGCUACAGUACAAUUGUCAAGGAUGAAACUGACAGUCAGAUGGUGGAGAUUCUUCGCAAUGCAGGUGCUGUGUUUUACUGCAAAACGAAUCAGCCGCAGAGUCUUAUGCACCUAGAAAGCGACUCUCUCUGGGGCCGGGUUCUGAACCCUUUCAAUAUUCACCUUUCAGCCGGAGGCUCGACAGGUGGUGAAGCAGCAUUAAUUGCCUUGAAGGGUUCAGUCAUUGGGGUAGGUACUGAUAUUGGAGGAAGUAUUCGUGGUCCGUCUGCAUUUUGUGGUAUUUACGGAUUCAAACCAACGUCAUACACGCUACCCAUGAGAUCAUUUUUAGCCUCUCCAGCAGCAGCAGAACUGAAUAUUUUAUGCUCGACUGGUCCAAUGUGCCGCAGUGCAAGAGACAUGGAUUUGUUUAUGACUACGAUACUUGCAGCGAAACCAUAUCUACUUGAUCCUAGUCUGAUCCCCAUUCCUUGGACCGGGAUGAGAACGCCACUUCAGAACCGCUUAAAAAUUGGAAUUAUCAGCAAUGAUGGGUUCAUUCAGCCUCAACCGCCCGUCAUGAGAGCUAUCUCAUGGGCAAAGAACCUUCUCUCCGAUGACUCACAUGCAAGUUUGAUCGAGGUCAAGGAGUUUAAACCUUUUGGCGCAGCUGAGGCAUGGUCCAAGAUCCUCCACAUGUACUGGCCCGACGGAGGACAGGUAAGUAGAGGUGCUAUUCUUUCAUCGGGGGAGGCAAUCCACCCUCUUAGUGAAUGGGUUUGGAAAGAACAACAGGCCAUCGGCAUGAAAACUGCGCAAGAUCUUAAUGUAAUGCGCAGAGAUCGGGACAAUUUCAGACAUGAAUUUGCGAAGAGUUGGGAGGAACAAGAUGUUGAUGUGGUAAUUGGUCCGGCUUUUGUUGGGCCUGCUUGUGCCCAUGACACGGGCUUUUACUGGACCUACACAUCCUUGUACAAUUUUGUUGACUAUCCUGGCAUCGUCUUUCCAACUCCCAUUCGGACAAAACCGGGAGAGCAGUAUGACCCUGGUUAUGCUCCGCUGAGUGAUGCCUGUCAGCAUGUCAAGGAAUUGUGGGAGACAUCAAACUUUGAAGGUUCUCCUAUUGACUUGCAACUGGUUGCGAGAAAAUAUCAUGACAAUCAACUAUUUGCUGCCCUAUCUUUGUUAAGGAAUAUUUUCAACUCUCCUUAAUUUCUGCUUUACUGAAAAGACUGUUCCCAGCUUAUUUG